AUGACGUGGGGCGGAGGACCGAUGAAGGAGGACGAUAGAGCCAAGGCGCUUGAGAGCGUUGCAAUUGGCAGCAAGAAGCGGCGGUCGCUGCUGGGGGAAUUCCUGGCGCGCAAGUAUGAACGCAUCAUGGAGGCAGAGGAGAGGGUGGCAGACGAUGAAAAGGCGCGGCCGUGCGUCACGAACCGGGAGCUGGUGACCAACAUCGCGUGCUCACUGUUCGACGCGACAUGGGAGCGGCUGCGGACGGGCAAAGACCAGCAGCGCAAAACAAUCGACGACGACUUCGACGAGUUCGCGUUGCGGCACGAGCUGGAGAGCAGCGCGGACAGCUUCUGGCAGGAGGAGACCAGCGACAAUGGCGCCGGUAUGUCGGACGAGGAGGAUACGGAGGAGCAGCGCGCGGCCAAGUUGCGCGCGGUGUCUCAGGUACAGGAGCAGGAGCACUUCAUUGACAUCCUGCUGGACAAGAUGAUCUCUGCGGUGCUGCCCGAGGACCUGCCGGAGCGGGAGCAGUUCACGCAGCGUGUGCAGGAGCCGGGGCGCCGGCGCAGCCACCCCAUCUCGCUGAUAAUCAUGUCGCGGAACCUGAAGAUCAUGACAACGAAGCUCGGGCUGAUCUUCGAGUUCCAGGACUCAUUGGUCCGCCUGGCGACGUGGCGCAACCCGUCGGGCACGGCGCUGUCGCUGAUCCUGUUUUCGUUUGCGUGUUUUAACCCGAUGCUUGUGAUAAUUCUCCCGAUGCUCUACGUGCUGUUCGGCCUGAUGAUACCGGGGUACCUCCACAGGCACCCGCUGAGACGGAACUUUUAUCUAACGAAACACAGCUAUGGGAAGUCGCUUCUGGCGACUGUGGCUACAGGCGGCAAGCCGGCGAGCUGGCAGAGCCAUGAUGAUGUGCAGGAGUUUGACUACAACAAUCUGCACACCGAUACCGAGGAGUGGGAGCGUGCUCUGCACAUCAAGCAGACGAUGGAGUUCAUCGUCAACCUACGGGACCUGCAGAAUCUGAUGACAGCCUCCGUGAAAGGCAUCGAGUGUGCGGAAAAGUUUGUUUACGGAGAUGCCGGCUUCAAGAACGAGCACCACUCGACAGUGCUGUUCCUUUCAGGCCUGCUGGUGGUCAUGGGUUUGUGGAUUAUCGCGCCCUAUAUCAACUGGUCGCUAACCUCGGCGGCUGGGGCUUGGGCUGCGUUGAUUUUGAUUCAUCCAAGGGUACUCCCAAUGGUUACCGCCUACAUCAAUGAUGACCAGUUGGAGAAGGGCAAAGUCGUUAUUGAAAAUGUUGAACGGUAUGACAUCCUUCUUGAUGAAAAGCCAGAAGAGAGGUACCUGGAGCUAUUUGAAAUAUACAAGCAGCGCUUGACGUCUGACGAGUGGGACUUCUACCUUCUAUCGUCGUAUGCCUUUGAUCCAACGGACAAGUAUAGAAAGUCCCAGAGGCCGCCACCUGGCGUUACCAAUAUCGACGAGGUCGUGCCACCAAGUAUGUGGUCCUUCGACCGAAAUUCUAAAUGGGAAGUGGACUAUGAUGUCAAAGGCUGGGCUCAGGAGCGCGGCCUGUCUCUGGAGAUAAAUGGCGAAUUUCUGGUAGACGACUCGUUUAAGCGUAGACGUUUAACCAGGAAAGUCGUCCGCUAUGCUAAUCCCGCGCGCAAACCAACCGUUUAA